AUGUCGUAUGAAAAUGCUGCCGCCGAGGUGGCGGAGGAUUUCAAGACGGCGCUGGAGGACAUGACCUCCAUCAGUCGAAUCGAGAUUAUGAACUUGUGCCAGAUUGCCCGCGAGAAUACGGAGCAUGCCUUUGAAAUCUCUGAAGUUCUUGUGGCCCACAUAAACCGGACUGCUCCUCAAAAAAAGUUGGCCGCCCUAUACGUGCUAGAUGCCAUAGUCAAGAAUGUCGGCACACCGUACACACUCUAUGUGGCGCCCAAGCUGUUCUCGACCUUCAUGGAGGCUUAUGCCCGGGUAGAGCACCCGGUCCGGCGCAAGAUGGAGGAGAUGCUGAAGACGUGGAAAGGACCUGUGCCGGGCUCUAUGGAUACCAAGCCGGUCUUCCCCCCCGACGUCGUGAAACCCAUCGAGAAUGCCCUCAUCAAGGCUCAUACCUCCGCCAUGCAGACACUUCAACAGCACCGUAAGACUCAACCGCACAUUCUCGGCCGUCCUCCACCUAGCGCGCCGCACCGCAACACCCCUACGCCUCCCGGCAUGCCCCAUGGUACUCACGGCCACCCCUACGCUCAUCACGCCGCUCCAGACGUUAAUGGAACGGGCACCCCCCAGCAUCAGACGCCCCCCUUCGUGCCGCCAAGGUCCGGGACUCAGUCUAUGCCUCCCACUCACGGAGCGCAUGCUUAUUAUGGCACGCCGCAGCAGCCAGGAUAUGUGGCAGGGGUGAACGCAGAUGUGUUGAAUAAAGACAUCGAAGACCUCGUCCUUGCAACGCGCGUGGAGUAUGCGCAGAAUCCGCAUGAUGGUAGUAUUCCAACGAGACUCAAGGCGCUCAUGGACUUGCAAGCAAUCGUGCAAGCCAAGAACCUGCCGCAAGACCAACUCGUGCUAGUUAAGAAACAAGUAGAUGAACUCGCCGUGAAGAUGAGAGUUCCACAAGUAGGCAGCAGCACCACCAGCUCGACGCCAAACUACCAGCACCAGCACCACGUAUCUCUACCUACCAGCGUAGCCCCUCCCCCUUCUACAUCUUCGGCGGGCACGACGCCCGUGCCUCUGCCGCUGGCGCAAGUGCCGACACCAGUACCGACAGCUUCGGCCCCCGUGCCCGCGCAGCCUCAAGGUCACGUAACGAUUGAUUCCCUCCUAGGAAAGGGAGCUUUGGCUGCUCUUCUGGCGCAGCAGGCCGAGCGAUCUGCGCGUUCGACUCCGGCUCCCGCGCCGCCGGCCACACACGCCCCACCGCAGCCGCCACCCGUGAUGCCUGCAGCCGCUCCUCCACAAGCACAGGACCCUAUGGCCUUAAUUCACCAACUGAGGCAGGCGGGCCUUCUAGGCGCGGCUGGACAUGCGGGCGCGCCGGUUGCCCCACCUCCUGCUCCCGCGGUGCCUAGUAUCCCUACUCGGGCGAUGCAAUCCGCCGCCCUCGCCUCUCUGCCUCCGGUGCUUGCGAGAGUGUUGUCGCCGAUGAAGGCAUGGGCUCCGCCUCCCCCGCCAGCCGACUCGAGGGAAUUGUCCUGGAACCUGGCCUCCCUCCAAGUAGUACGACCUUACCUAUUCCCAGCUUUGUACGGAGAACUUGGACCCCAAUGUAGCCAGUGUGGUCGACGAUUCAAGGCGGACGCAGAAGGGAAGAAGAAGAAGACGGCGCAUAUGGAUUGGCAUUUCCGCGUGCGGCAACGCAUGGCCGAGGCAGAGAAGCGCGGGCAAUAUCGAAGCCACUACGUACCCAAACACGACUGGAUAAAAUCGCGCGAGGAAGUAGACCUCGACUACUCCGCCGAAGAAAAAGACACCACAACCUCCGAAGAAGCCUCCAAACCCCCCGAGCAGCAAUACAUCCGCGUGCCCGACCCAUCCUCUGGCAUCAGCAAAGUCUGCCCCAUCUGCCAAGAGCAGUUCGAGAACAAGUGGCUCGACUCGGCGCAGGAAUGGGUGUGGCUCGACGCCAAGAUGGUGGGGAAUCGCGCGUACCACGCCAGCUGCCACGCCGAAGCGACCAAGGAUCGAGAUAGGGCGACGACUCCUAGUUUUGGUGGCGGAGGGAGAGGGUUCACGCCCGAGCCGGUGCUGGGGAAGAGGAAGGCCGAUGUGAGUGCUGACUCUAAGACCCUGAAGAAGGGUAGGAGCUAA